AUGCCCAUAUUUCUACAUCGGCGGCCUAACAGAGAUGUGUUUCCGAGGAAGAAAAGAGUUCCUCAUGAAGUCGACUUAAAUAAACUAAGAAUCUAUGAAGUUAUUGGUCAGGGAGCAUUCGGGGUGGUUUGUAAAGGAACAAUAUGGAUUGGAAAAGUUAAGGAAACAGUAGCAGUCAAGAUGACUAAAGAUAGUGCUUCCGAUGAGGAGAAAAAACAGUUGCUUCAGGAAAUAGAACUACUGAAGUUCAUUGGAAAGCAUCCUCAUAUUGUUAGUCUUAGAGCGUUUACAACCACAGGAAGAACCGUUGCUUUAAUGGUGGAAUACUGUCCUUUGGGGGACCUACGGUCGUAUUUGCAAAAGCUUCGAAAUGAAGAAAUUAUAACACGACGUCCAUCUGAAAGUGAGUCUGGAAUACAUUCAUCUGAUACAGAAAAGCUAGAAGCAUCAAAUCCACCGGAUUCCGAAGUUUCAAAAUGUCUUCCAGAACAUUCUUGUCCACCAAGGCACAUAUCUGCUGCUAAGUUACUAUCUUACAGUCGCCAGAUAGCGUUGGGUAUGGAAUUUCUGGCUUCUCAUAAAAUAGUCCAUAGAGACCUCGCCGCUAGAAACAUUCUCAUGUACGAUAACAACCGAGUGAAGAUCACUGACUUCGGACUCUCCAGGGAUGUCUACGAAGUUGGUAUGUACGAAAAGAGCAGGUGCACCAAACUUCCGUUGAAAUGGAUGGCCAUAGAGGCAAUAUCUCAUCAAACGUAUACAACAAAGAGCGACGUAUGGUCAUUUGGUGUACUUUUAUGGGAGAUCUACACUCUUGGAGCGACUCCCUACCCUGGCGUAGCGAAUCACGAAAUACUGGCUUUUUUAGAGACUGGACAUCGACUAGAAAAACCGGAAAACUGUAGCGAAGAUUU